UAUGAUGGUAGUUUUUUUUGGUGGAUUUACCUUAAGUGGAAGAGUCCUAUUUGGUCAUAUCGUAAAGAGAUAUUCUACAAUAUUGGAUACAGGCGCUACUUUAAUAAGGAUAUUUGCUGGAGACUUUCAAUAUAAAGAUGUUUGCGAAGCUGAUUGGUUACUGGGACCGAUUUUUUUGGGUGGAUACAUAUUUAUAAUGUAUUUUAUAUUGGCGAAUGUUGCCAUUGCCAUAAUAAACGAAGCAUUUCAAAAAACAAUGUUCAAGCAUAGAACAGAGGAACUUACGACGAAAUCAUUUUUGAAACGCGCUUAUUAUAAUUUGUUUUGCCGAUGUCUAAGAACAGUAAAAAAACCUCAACAAUCGGAAGACACUACAUAUAAUGAAAUAUAUUCAUUACUUAAAAGAUCUAACUUCAAUGACGAAGAGAUUAUUAUGUUUUUAUCCAAAUACGAAAUAUUUCCAGACGUGCCUUUGUGUAGUAAAUACAUGAAAACUGUCAAGAAAAAAUUAGAACUAAUUUCAUUUCAACAAAAAAUACCAGCCACACAAACUACGGUAAUCCAAUCCAUUAAAUACGAAAAAAAUUCAGGUGAAUUUCACGUUCUUACAAAAGAAGAAUACGAAGAUUUACAAGCUCAAUUGAAUCACAUUGAAUUGCUAAUAGACUUAGCAAUCGAACAAAUAACUAAACUCCAUGAAGAAUUAGCACAUGUUCUCACCGAAGGCUCAAAUGAUUAUUCUGCUCAUGCUUCAAUGACUUCAUCAUUGGCUUUUUAA